AAGUCUCUCACACACGCUUUCUUUCUAUAUUAUACGCACCAAACUACUGUAGUAGUUGGCUAGAAUGUAUAAUUCAAAAAGCUUUAGCUAGCGAUACAUCGGAAGAGUGAUGGAGAUUCAAGAAAAGCAAAAGGAGACAGAGAGCACAAGCGCAGGAUCGAAGAACUCGUCGGAGAUAACGUUGGACACGGCGUCGCUGCCCAAUCCCAUCGAUCCAGUGAAGUUGAAUACGCAAUACAGUUUCAACUAUUGGGGUUCUCGUGGCCACCGAGGCCUCAUGUUCAAGAUCAAUGGCCUCACUGGAUCUAAAGGUUGGAACUAUCUCGAGAACCGCUUUGACGAGUGGGCCGUCGAUGAAAAACUCCCCAAAAGGCGCUUCGGCCACUGCAUAGGCAUGAACGACUCGAAGAAAUUUGCUGACGAACUUUUUGACGCAUUAUGUCGUCGGGGUGGCAUAACUUCAUCUUCCAUAACCAAGGAUCAACUGCGCCAAUUAUGGGAACGGAGUUUUGAUUCAAGGCUUCAUAUCUUCUUUGAUAUGGUGGACAAGAAUGCCGACGGAAGAAUCACGGAGGAAGAUCUUAAAAAGAUUAUCGCCUACUGCGCUUCCAUUAAUAACCUUCGGAAAAUACAAGAACGUGCAGAAGAAUAUGCGGCCUCAACCAUGGAGGAGUUGGAUUCGGACAAGAGAGGAUUCAUUGAGGUGUACCACUUGGAACAGCUUUUUCUGGAAGCAGAACCAGUACAAUCAACUAACAUGACCGAAGAUGAUCGGGUCUUAAGCCAAAUCCUGAGUCAAAAAUUAAUUCCAACCAGAGAGUUCAACCCCAUCAAGCGAUGGUUCCGAGCAAUAACCUGCUUUGUUGACGACAAUUGGAAACAGAUUUGGAUUUUAGUCAUUUGGCUUUUAAUUUGUGCUGCCCUUUUCAUUUGGAAGUUCAUCCAGUACAAGCAUCAUGCCGUGUUCCAUGUCAUGGGGUAUUGUGUCACAUCAGCCAAGGGUGCUGCUGAGACACUUAAGUUCAACAUGGCUUUGAUCCUGUUACCUAUGUGUAGAAAAACCAUCACUUGGCUAAGAAGUAGGACCAAGCUAGGAAUGGUUGUUCCCUUUGACGACAAUAUCAAUUUUCACAAGAUGAUAGCUGUUGGCAUUGCAAUUGGGGUUGGGAUACACGCUAUUUCGCAUUUAACUUGCGACUUCCCGAGGUUGUUACAUGCAACAGACAAGGAAUAUGAGCCCAUGAAAGCAUUGUUUGGAGGUGAGAGACCCAACAAUUAUUGGUGGUUCCUGAAAGGGACCGUGGCUUGGACUGGGAUAACCAUGGUUUUGCUUAUGGCUGUGGCCUAUAUGUUUGCUCAUUCUUUGUUUCGACAGAGCAGACUAAAGCCCCCUAAACCUCUCAACAAGCUCAUUGGCUUCAACGGAUUUUGGUACUCUCACCAUCUUUUUGUCAUCGUUUAUCUGCUUUUCAUCAUCCACGGGUACUACUUAUACCUCUCCAAGAAAUGGUACAAGAAAACGACUUGGAUGUAUCUUGCCAUUCCCACGAUAUUAUAUGCAAGCGAUCGAUUACUUGGUGCAUUUAAAUUUGGAUACACAAGACUCCAAAUUUUGAAGGUUGUAGUGUAUCCAGGAAAUGUCUUGGCCUUGUACAUGUCUAAACCACAAGGAUUUAAAUACUUUAGUGGACAGUAUAUUUUUGUUAACUGCUCAGAUGUCUCCCCAUUUGAACGGCAUCCUUUCUUUAUUACAUCAGCCCCUGGAGAUGAGUACGUAAGUGUUCACAUUCGAACUUUGGGUGAUUGGACAUUGCAACUAAAGCAUGUUUUUGCCCAGGCAUGUCAACCAGCAAGUGGUGACCAAAGUGGUAUAUUACAAGGCAACAACAUACAAAGAAUGCCAAAACUCUCAAUUGAGGGUCCUUACGGAGCUUCAACACAAGAUUACAAAAACUACGAAGUAAUCCUUCUUGCGAGCCUUGGAAUUGGUGCCACACCUAUGAUUAGCAUACUCAAGGAUAUACUAUACAAUUUGAAACAACAGAAAGACGUAGAAGAAGGAAUGGUAGAAAAUGGAGUGAAGGACAAGAGAAAAGGUUUUGCCAUCAAGCAGGCCUAUUUCUAUUGGAUUACUCGUGAACAAGGUUCCUUUGAAUGGUUUAAGGGUGUGAUGGAUGAUGUUGCUGAAUAUGACGAGGAUGGAAUAAUCGAACUUCAUAACUAUUGCACAAGUGUGUAUGAGGAAGGAGAUGCUCGAUCAGCGUUGAUUACAAUGCUUCAGUACCUCCACUAUGCCAAAAAUGGUGUGGAUAUAGUUUCAGGCACAAGGGUCAAGACACAUUUUGCUAGACCUAAUUGGCGUAGUGUCUUUAAACAUGCUGCCCUCAAACACCCUGGCAAAAGAGUUGGUGUUUUUUAUUGUGGGCCACCCACAUUGGCUGGAGAAUUUAAACGGCUCUCUCUUGACUUUUCCAGGAAAACCAAUACGAAGUUUGAUUUUCAUCAGGGCUUUUGAAUACUUUUAUAAUAGUACAUUUUUUCAGAUUUGUAACACAUACUUAAGGAAAAUAAAUUAGUUUAUAUUAAUUUAAAUGUGAUUGCUAGUCUCGAUAUAUUAAUUUAACUUUUAACAC